UAACACUUCGACACUCAGUAUUAUGGAUUUAGUUAUUUGUAUUAUAUUUCUUUAUUUAACACAUAUAAUAUCAUCAAAUGACGUAAAUUUACCUAAUCAUCUCAGCGAGUUGUUAAAUAAAUUGAUAAAAGAAACUGAAAAUAAAAGUGAGAACAAAACUUCAUUUGAAAUAAUAGAGCCGGGUACUACUUCGAAAAUUAUUUACGUUAAAGAAAAAGCAAACCCAAAAGUUAUUUGGCAAGUUAAAUAUGAAGAUAUUACGGACAAACGCAUCGAAGAUGUAAUGAAAAAAACAAACAUGUUUCAAGAUUUUAUUAAUCAUAAAAACAUAAAUCGUAAUGUCUAUGGUAACUUUAUGAAUCCUAAAGAUAUUGACAAAAAAAGUAUACAGUCUUUUGAAUACAUCUUAGAACAUAUACCUGAACAUACAACCCUUAAAGAUCCAUCACCUGCAAACGAAGAAAUUACUACAGAAUAUGGUAAAAAAGUCGGACGCUAUAAACAUCCAGACGUGUUUGAUGAAAUAGCUUUAGAUAAAAAUAAUAUUAAAGAUUCUGAAAAUAUUCUCAAUAACCUAACCGAACUUAUUUCAAAGACUGAGACUGUACAAUAUUUUUUGCAAAUAUCUAAGAUUGCUACGCUACACUGCGUAGCGCAACCAAUGCGUAACGGCUACGGCUACGUCCUGACUCCCGGCCUACACGCUCGGACGCAAUUAAAAGUUUAUAAGCGACGGAGUCAUCGCACGAGCGAGUCUGUAAGCGACUGCAUGUAA